GCCCGGUCCCGGUCCCGGUCCCGUCCCGGUAGCACCGGAGUCCCGGCCCCGCGUUCCCAUCGCGGGUCCCGCCGCAGGGCCCCGGCAGCACCAUGAGCACCGAGACGCUGGUGAAGGACGUGAAGCCGGGGCUGAAGAACCUCAACCUCAUCUUCAUCGUGCUGGAGACCGGCCGGGUGACGAAGACGAAGGACGGGCACGAGGUGCGGACCUGCAAGGUGGCGGACAAGACCGGCAGCAUCAACAUCUCGGUGUGGGACGACGUGGGGAACCUGAUCCAGCCCGGGGACAUCAUCCGCCUCACCAAGGGGUACGCCUCCAUCUUCAAGGGCUGCCUGACCCUCUACACGGGGCGCGGGGGGGACCUGCAGAAGAUCGGCGAGUUCUGCAUGGUCUACUCCGAGGUGCCCAACUUCAGCGAGCCCAACCCCGAGUACGUGGCGCAGCAGUCGCAGAGCAAAGGGGCCCAGAACGAGAGCACGAGUCCAGCGCCUUCACCGACCGGCCAGGGCCCCCCCGCAGCCCCCCCAGCCCCCGACAGCCAGAACGGGAAUGGGCUGAGCCCGGGGGGUCCCACGCACCCCCCCAGCGCCCCCCCGCACCCCCCCAGCGGGCGCAUCACCCGCAGUCAGCCCGGACACCCCGGCCCCCCCGCCGGACCCGUCAGCAACGGGAAGGAGACGCGGCGGAGCAGCAAGAGAUAACGGGCCGGGACCCCCCCACAGCCCCCAGGAUGGUUUGGGGAGGGGUCCCCGGCCCCCCCGGCCCUGAGCAGCCCCCGGGGUGAGGAGGGGGCAGCGC